AGCGGCGCUCGCUGAGCACGCGCGUCGGUGUCGUGGCCGCGCACGUCGUGGCCGGUUUUUCAAGGCGGGGGCGCGGACGUGCGCGUCCCCGCGGAGUCUUUUGUGUGGUGGCGUAAAGGCAGCACAAAUACAAUAACCAUGGCAGACGAGAAACCCAAGGAGGGAGUGAAAACUGAGAACAAUGACCACAUCAACCUGAAGGUGGCAGGACAGGACGGCUCAGUGGUGCAGUUUAAGAUUAAGAGGCACACACCGCUCAGCAAACUCAUGAAGGCUUACUGUGAGAGACAGGGUCUGACGAUGAGGCAAAUCCGGUUCCGGUUCGACGGGCAGCCCAUUAAUGAGACAGACACGCCUGCACAGUUGGAAAUGGAGGAUGAGGACACAAUUGACGUUUUCCAGCAACAGACAGGAGGCUUCGUUUAAACGCAGAAACUUCACUGCCUUCUCUCUUCCUCUCUCUCUCUCUCUCUCUCUCUCUCUCUCUCUCUCUCUCUCUCUCUCUCUCUCUCUCUCUCUCUUCCUCUCUCUCUCUUUCUCUCUCUUCCUCUCUCUCUCUUUCUCUCUCUCUCCCCCCCCACUCUCCCUCCCCCUCUCCCUCUCUCUCUCCUGCGUCUCCUCUUUUCCCCUCACAGUUACUCCUGACUGCUGUUGUAUAGCGUGUUGAUGCUCUUCCAGCUUUGCAGUACCUGCUUUUUGUAUAUAAAGUGAUCAUCUCUUUCUCUCUCUCUUUCUCAGACACACACACACACACACACACACACACACACACACACACACACACUCUCUAAAGAGGCAGCGUAAAUGCUGUAUGAUCAGAAGCCCAGAUUUUUUUUCCCCUUUGGUUAAAAGUGACCACAACAUCUCUCAAAAGCAACCUGUGGUUCAGAUCUUUCUGCAGAGACGUCAGUCGUGUAACGCGAUUUUGAAUUUGAAAAUAUUUUGACACCAAAAUUCAGACGAAACGUUUUUGUUGUCUCGUGUCCUCAAAAGUUAUGAAAAUAAAACACUUUGUAUGAAAGGAACACUUGUAGUUUGGUAACACAAGGCAAGUCUGUUAUCUCUAUUUUAGCUGCUUUUAUUUCUAUCUUCUUUCAGACAAAUUUUUAUUAUUAUUUGUUAUAUUAUCGAUUGGCAGUAGACGUGUAAAGUGAAUAAAGCCCCAGAUUCAGUAGGUGAAUUGUGAAUAAUUAAAAUUAAUAAUAAAAGGAAGAAGAACCCCUGAUAUUUCUGUCAAGUAAAGCAUCUGUAUUGUCUAAUAAAUCAUUUGUUUAAAAUAAAGAAAAACUCUUUUUACCUCU